CCCUGGGGCCACACGCCGCGCUGGGAAGCCUCGCGUGCAGCGCCGCCCGGAGCUCCAGCAGAUUGGGUCCUGGGGGGCGGGGUAUAGAGAGAGGGGGGGUGUGGCUUCCACUAGGCCCCUUUGCGCCCUGCGCAGGCCCUGGAUGAACUUAGAAGCGGGUUUGGCUGUUGUGCCCUGAAGCCGAAAAACUCUUAUCAUGGCCAUGACUUUGGGUUACUGGGACAUCCGUGGGCUGGCUCACGCCAUCCGCCUGCUCCUGGAAUACACGGACUCCAGCUAUGAAGAGAAGAGGUACACAAUGGGGGAUGCUCCGGACUUUGACAGAAGCCAGUGGCUGAGCGAGAAGUUCAAGCUGGGCCUGGACUUCCCCAAUCUGCCCUACCUGAUCGACGGGGCUCACAAGCUCACCCAGAGCAACGCCAUCCUUCGCUACAUCGCUCGCAAGCACAACCUGUGUGGGGAGACGGAGGAGGAAAAGAUUCGCGUGGACAUUUUGGAGAACGAGGCCAUGGACACGUCCAAUCAGUUGGCAGGGGUCUGCUAUAGCCCUGACUACGAGAAACUGAAGCCUGAGUUUUUGAACGCGCUCCCUGAAAAGAUGAAGCUGUUCUCCCAGUUCCUGGGGAAUAGGUCUUGGUUUGCAGGGGACAAGCUCACUUAUGUGGACUUCCUGGCUUAUGACAUCCUCGACCUGCACCGCAUUUUCGAGCCUAAGUGCCUGGAUGCGUUCCCGAACCUGAAGGACUUCCUUGACCGCUUUGAGGGCCUGAAGAAGAUCUCUGCGUACAUGAAGUCCAGCCGCUUCCUCCCGACACCUGUGUACACCAAGCCUGCCAGGUGGGGCAACAAGUAGGGGCUGCGUGUGCAGGCGACCGGAGCGCGGAGCAGAGAGCCCUGGAGGAUGGCGGCUUGUCCCUGGUCCCCUGGAACCGGCUUCCUUGUUGUCUUCUGUUCUCCCUUCACCCACACUCAGGUGCUGUUCAGCGACUUCCCUUCCCAGUCCCCGUCUACCCGGGGCCUUCCAGCUCUCUAGCAUCCAUUGCUCAGUGCAAUCUGUCCCUAACUUUGUCUUUACUGCACUAAAUUAGAGCGCGGCAGACAGAACUUCCUUUGCAGUGGUUUCUCUGCUCUGAGGAGCCCGACGGCACCCCCGGCCUGUAGAGCUCUGCCCUGGGCUCUGGCCACCUCCCUGCCUGCGAGAAUGGCCCUCUAACUUGUGAGCGCGUUUGUUUUCUAAUGGUCCCCGCCAUCUGUUUUCACAGAGGUACCGAACCAUGGAACAUCCUUUAAAGAAAGGAAAAUAAUCACAGCCCAAAUGCGUCCUGUUCUCUUAGUUUUCAUGGAUGUUCUGCCCUCAGAGUGGAAGUUGGCAGGAAGGGUGUAUUCUCGGAGGUUGUUCCUCAGGCCACAGGUCACAGAGUGACUUCAAAGGCCAUCGAGCCGCGCGCUCAUACCUCAAACACAGGUGUGUCAGGGGCCAGGGUCAGGGUGUCCCCCGUGGACCCGCACA